AUGGGCGACUUUCGAAGAAGUCGUUUGAGCAGUGCACCGAUUGUUGGGCGGGUAGUGGAAUGGAAGAAGACACAUGGCUGGAUUGAGCCGGAGUGCGCCAUCGAUCAUCCUGAGAUGGCCAAGCACCAAGGCCACAUCUUCGUUCAUGGGGAGGACCUGGUACCCAAGUGGAGGAACCUAGUGGCCGGUGCCAUGGUUGAGUUCUUCUUGUACUAUGACGGUCACGGCCUGGGUGCCGAAGAGUGCACAGCACGGAAGGUGCUGCGCGUCACUUUGUCCUGGAAGCAAGCGCAGGAGAUGUUCGGUGAGACUGGCGAGAAGCUUGCGAUCUUUGAGGAGAAAGCGCAAGUAACGAUUCGCGCUUACCAGUGGUGUCAACCGGAUGGCAGCAGCAGCGAUCUGCCCUUCCUGCUCUUCGAGAUAUGGGGUCGUCCGCAAGCCGUGGUCGACGCGAUCGGAGCGCUAGCCACGCGACGAGAGGAGGACGGCAACGCAGCAGAGGACACCCUUUGUGUGAAUCUGCUCUUGCCUGAGAGCAGAAUGUGGAAGGUUGAUCUGAUGCAACUCCAGCACUACUGCAGUCUGGAGGUUUCGAGCUCAAUCACCAUCACUGACCCAAUGCCAUGCCGGACUCUGACUAUCCAGGCACCGCUGCCGAACUUUCGGUCAUCGCUCCACGCCCUCAUCAUGCAGGCGAAUCAAGGGUCGGCUCAGCGUUCGGCUUUUACCAGUGGCAUUUUUCUUUUGCAACAGCCCUUACAUCGUCGUCAUCAUACACGAUCCGCGAAGAAGGACGUUCAUCGAUCACCCCGCAACUAG